CGUGCGCUUUUGCGAAUCAACCUUGCAUUCCCAUUCCAGUUCCAUUCAUUGCACACUUUCCUUCCUCUCCUUGUUAUCAGUUUUAAGUAGGCUGUUGAUUUAGUGGUAACUCGUGUUUUUGUGAUCGUGAAUUGUUUUAAAUAUUGGAAUUAUUUGUUAAGCCAUGGAUAUUCAAACUGCAUUAAUUGGAGUGGGUGUCUUCGCAGUGUCCGCAAUAAUAUUACUCCUCAUAUCAGUGUUUGGUAUCAAAGAGAAAAGUUACGAAGAGGCCUUAGCCGAACAGAGGCAGCAAACAAAUGCACUUUUAGGAAUUCAGCAUCGACCAAAAUCGAAAGAAAAAAAAGUUAAGAAAACUACUAAAAAGCCCAAAGAAAAACAACCAAAUGUUCCUGUCGAUUUGGAUGUCGCAGAAGAGUCGGAUGACAAAACUGCUUCUUCAUCUUCUACUGCGAACACGCACCAAAAGCUCCAUGUAGAGUUUAAGGAACCUGCAGUUGAAGAAGUGGCUCUCCCUGAACAGACUGCAAGUAAAAAGCGAGGGAAAAAAGAGAAAGUUCGUCCGAUACUGAUCCAUAAAUCAGUCGAAAAUAUACCAGUUAUACCAAUUGUAGAUGUGCUCCCUUCAAACCAUUUUGAACAGCUUCAUCCUAAAGAUGACCUCGAAUUGUUGCACUUGCAUAUACAAAGUAAAGAAGAUGUUUCUGCUAAGACUGAAUCUAACAAGGAAAAGCCUAGUAAGUCUAAGCAGAACGGAUUACAAGAAACUAAAGCAGGAAAACCGAAACAAAAUUCUACCGAAGCAAAAGGAAAAGUGCAGGAGAGUGUGAGAGAAAAAGUAACAAAAGAAAAAGUAAUCAAUUCCAGUCCGGAAAUUCAAAAAUCAAAGAAAUUGCCCGAAAAGGUACCGCCUGCGCAGCAAGUCGUGGCUAAAGAUGUACCAGCUGUAGAGGUCGCCGUUGUUCCGUCAACAUCUAGUGAAAGUGUCACCAGCGGCAGCAAAGAAAAGAAAAAGAAGAAAUCUGACUUUAAUGUAUUGCAAGAAAUCGCGGCCAAAGAUGGAGACAUCAAUUUACCUCUUCUACUGAAUGCGGUGCGUAAAGCUGAACUGUCUCGAUCUGAAGUUCAAAUACUUAUAGAUCUCUUACUAAACAAGCAGCAUGAGGCCCCUGCAGUUGUGGAUCAGUGGAGUGAGGGGAAAGCCGAUCCCGUUCAAAAGCUAAAGAAACAACUGGCAGAAAAAGAAAAGGCGCUGGGAGAAGAGCAAGAGGCACUACAAGGCGUACAAGCAAAAUUGCGUGAGGUACGCGCGGAGCAGGCGGCCGAAAAAAUGCAACUUCAGCAAAGAGUUCGAGGCUUAGAAGAGGCACUACAGGCGAAACAUCUCGAAUUGCAAGCAGUUAACGGUCGAAUUCACAGUCAGAAUCAAAAGCUCCAACAAAUACAGGCGCAAAUGAACGAAGAAUCUCUCGCCAUGCAUAAGUUACACGAAGAAAACAAUGCUCUUCAGUUACAAAGGCAACAGAUAGAAAUACAUAUAGCGCAAGCGCAAGAGGCCGAAGCCACCAUUCAAGAUCUACAGGGUCGCAAUAAUCAGCUGACAAUGGAAUUACACUCACUGACUGAGCAAAAUAUGGCUACAAAAGAUCACCAACAAGGCAUCAUUGUGCAACUACAACAUCAAGUGAAUUUGUACAAGGGUGAGCUCGAUGAAAAAGAAAAUUACACCAGACAAUUUGAAGAAUUACGUCGAGACCUGGAACAUCGGUUAGGAAUAGCUAUUCGGAAUGAGAACGAACUUAAAGUCGAAAUCGGACAACUGAAAACUGCUUGCCAACAGAACGCGGAAGAAGUACGGCGCUUGGAACACGGAAAGGGACAAGCUUUGGAGGAAAUUCGGAACUUACAAAAGCAAAAGGACGAAUUGGACCAUGCGCUAUCUCAGGUCAAAGUGGAACUGCACGACGUUCAAGAUGAGAAAGCGGAAUUACAACAGAUUAAGGCGAACGGUUUGGCGCAAGAAAAUCAACAUCACAAAGAAGAACUGCUCAAUUUGCAUAAUGAGCUAUCGUCGGCGAAAUUGGAACUUCAGUUUGUUGAGAAAAAGUAUGUGACAGACCUUGAUGAGUCGAAGAAUGUGGUAUUUCGACUACAAAAGGAACUGGACGAGCAGAAAGUUAAAAAUAAUGAAUUGCGUCAAAAAAAUUGGAAAGUGAUGGAAGCUUUAAAAGUGGCGGAAACUAAGGCAGUUGCACCAACUAUUCAAAUCGACGAAAUCGUGUCGAAGGUGAGAACGGAGGAGCAAGAUUUACAUAGGAAAUUCAUGGAGAGACUGUUCCCGGACCUUUCGUUCGCGAACGAUUUAACGUGUGAUAAGUGGAAUGAAAGUGCAGAAAAGACAAUUAAACAAUAUAUUAGUGACCUAGAAAAUUCGAAAACGCAAGAUAAUCAAGGCGAGAUAACGAAGUUACAAGCACAAAUUAAACACUAUAAGACUAUUAUUGAUGAUACGGAAGGCAUUCUAAAGAAACUAGAAAACCACAUAGAACAAGAAGAAAUUCAUUGGCGCAACGAAUUGAGAAGUAAGGAGUCUGAAAUUGAAGUCCUAAAACAGAGGCAUUCGACAGAGAUAAUUGUUAAUGCAAGGGAAGCUCAUUUUCCAGAAGGCGUUCAUUUUGCCUUUCAAUGCAUUGAGAAAUCACUUCCUGUAAUAAUUGAUGAGUUACAGACUAAAGUGGAACAGUUAGAGUUGCGAAUUCGAUCAGAACAACAGGAGAAAGGAAAGGUGCUGAAGGACUUUGAGACACUUAAAAGUCAAGCGGCAACAAUGGUAGAAAAGGUUGUUGUAGAUCAACUUUCGGAGGAAUUAAACUCUUUAAAAGAACAAAUAGUCAUUGAACAAAGAAAAAAUCUUCCACACAAACGUGAAGACAAGUCAAAUGAUUUAAUAAUGAAGGAACAAAAUAAUAUUUCAAGUAAUGGACCUUCUAUAGAGGCACCUAUAGUAUAGCCAACUUUCAAGCUCAACACUAUAGUUAGAUGACCUCGACUAAAAGUAUAGACAUUAAAUUACAAUAAGAUUUUGCAGUCAUUGAGUUUAAUCGAAGUUCCGAUCUAUUCCGGUUUUCUUGCUUUUUGUACUUAGGUGACAAAUUUUUCCCUAAAUAUUCAUUCCUACUUUCGUUUAGUAAAGAGUUGCUUUGUAGUGCAAUAUCAGGGUGAAAUUUUCGUGUGUGUUUGUUUCAUUCGUAAUAGCUUCAUCUUUAUUAUUAUUAUCAUUAGUAUUAUUAAUUAAUCGGGAGCGGCUGGUGCAUACUGUAUCCCAACUGUGUAAUGGGAAGAAAAUAAUUGUGUAAUCCGUAAUUCGGUUGGCGUUUUUGCACAAGCCGCCACUGACUUGUACUUUAUUAUUAUAGCACUAAAGUUAGAAAUUCAGAAUGGACACAUUGUGAAAUCAAGACAUAUAUAUUUUAUACAUUAUACUAAUACAGAAAUAAAUGACGCUUUUAAUAAUUAUCGGUUUAAAAACGACCAUAGUUGCUUGAUUAGUUCAAAUUAAUUUAAUUACCAGUGCCAAAAUAACGAUAUCGAUUGUAAAUUCAUUUGCCAGCAAUUUGUAAAAAUAUAUUUUGCAAUUUUGUAUGUAGAAUUUUUUUUAAUGUAAAAUAGAAUAUCAAGAGGUCUUAUCGCAAUAAUAUAUGCUUAUGUAAUAAUAAUAAUUUAGAAUAAUACUUUCUACUGGGCAAGAUAUAAUUAAAAGAUACACUAGUUUAAUGGUGGCUUAAAAGAUAUACAAUACUUAAAUAAAAGUUUUAUUAUAUUAUAAAAUUGUCUUAUUAGAUUAAAGAAUUUAUAUACCACAAGUUAAUAUAAUGGAUUAAUAAACGAAAAUUGUCACUUGUA